AUGCAAGAACAUGAUCGUAUCAACCUAGUUCGCCUGGUCAGGCGGCUUGAGUUACCAGCCAAUCAGCCAUCUACCUCUGAGCAAGACGCAUAUACUGCUUGGCUACAAGCGAAGAGCCAGUUGCAGAAAGUCGCGAAUGCAAGAUCGUUAUGGAAGAAUCUCACAAGUGAUGGUCAGACGUUGAAUCUGGAUGAUCUGGACGCACGGAUCGACAAGUUAGAGAAGCUCGCUGCCAAAUCUGUCGAUGAACACCCUGCGCCUCUCCCGCCAAGAACGUCUUUCCUCGAAUUGCUGCCAACUCCCAAGCCUCUGCUACCCAUAUCUAUCCUGCCGCCGCCCGAGGCACUCUCCGUCCAGACCAGCGCAGCAGCUGACACCACCGCUGAGCUCACUACGUCUGAACCGCUCGAAUCCUCGCUCCUUCCUUCAGAGCCACUCCUGCCAGAAUUUUCCUUCCUACUUCAGCCAUCAUCUAAAAAAGACAAAGAGCCGGAAGCCGAAUAUCAGCUAAACGCGAUUCAACAGGAGUUGGCAGACCAGCUCGCGCAUAUGGGCCACCAGCUCAAGUUGAACGCGAUCAACUUUGGAGAACGGUUGGCCGCGGACGUGGGGGUGGUCAAAGAAGCUGAGGAGAAGUUGACUGGGAACUUGGAUAAGAUGAAAACGGAGCGAGGAAGGUUGAGGGACUACUCGAGCACGGCGAGGGGGACAACAUGCUUGGUUAUUACUUGCAUUUUGGUGGUGAUUAUUGCUUGGGUGAUGAUGUUUGUUGUGAUCAGGAUUACCUAA